AUGGUUUUCUUGUAUGUAGAUGAUUUACUGGUGACAGGAAACAAUUCCAUUCAUGUUGAAGAGUUUAAGAGCACAAUGCACAAAGAAUUUGAGAUGACUGACUUGGGAGAAAUGACUUGUUUUCUAGGAAUGGAAAUACAUCUAUCUCAAGAUGACAUUUUCAUAUGUCAAAAGAAAUAUGCUAAUGAGAUUUUGAGAAAAUUUGGCAUGGAAGGUUGCAAAUCCGUUGGAACUCCUUUAGUGCAAAACCAAAGGUUGUGUAAAGAAGAUGAAGCAACCUUGGUGGAUGAAACAAAAUUCAUGAGCAAACCAUGUGAGGAGCACCUCAAAGCAGCUAAGAGAGUGCCAAGGUACAUCAAAGGGACAACAGAUCAUGGAAUCUUGUUCAAGAAGUUUGAAAACUUCAAAUUGGUGGGCUAUGCUGAUAGUGAUUGGGGUGGUUCUUGUAAUGAUAUGCGAAGCACAUCAGGAUAUGUUCUCUUGCUGAAUUGUGGAGCCUUUUGUUGGUCAUCCAAGAAGCAAGAAAUAUUGGCUCAAUCCACUGCAGAAGCUGAAUACAUAUCAGCUGCUGCUGUAGUAAAUCAAGUGAUAUGA